ACACAAAGUGUGGGUUUCUGGUGCAGAGCGGAGCUCAGUAGCAGCUUGAAGCGCAUCGGCGGCGGUGAACGGAGCAAUGGCCAUGGACGACUACGAUGAUGACAUGAGCAGCGUGGGCGUAACCACGGCCCGGAUCGAGAACCAGCACCACCAGCAGGGUCAGCAUGGACACCACCAAGGCCAAGGCCAGCACAGCGCCGGGGCGGUGAAAGUGGGAGGAUGGCGGUACGAGGACGCCAGUCGCUACAUCGGCGAGUGGAACCAGCGGGGCCAGAAGCACGGCAUCGGACAUCUGCAGUUUGCCGAUGGCACCCGCUACGACGGCCAGUUCCAGGAGGGUCUCAGUCAGGGAGUCGGCUGUCUCUGGUUUGCGGAUGGCGCAAAAUACGAAGGCGAGUUCCAUCAGGGCUGGUUCCAUGGUAAUGGAAUCUUCUGGCGCGCUGAUGGCAUGAAAUACGAGGGGGAGUUUCGUGGCGGCAAGAUCUGGGGCCUUGGACUUCUGACAUUCCAGGACUUCACGCACGGCUUUCCCAGGAACGAAGGAUUUUUCCAGGACUGCCGCUUUAUGAGACGGCGUCGAUGUCCGGAGAUAGUGCAGCGGGCUCAGAAGUGCGCUCUUAUGGCCCGUUCCCAGUGCGAGCACCCCUACUGAACAGAGCCAUCCGUUAAUUUUGAUGAACACAAAAGACCGAAAUCCUUUAGAAGCUGAAAAUAAUCUGGGGACAGCUCUAACUGAUUUAAUCAAACACCUAAAUAAACAAAAAAUUAGGUGCAUUUUCUCACUUGUUUUAAAUAUUAACAAGAAUAUUAAUUUUACCUAAAUCAAUACAUGCUAUGGAAUGUUGUUAGCUUGCCCACAAUCAUCUUUCGCCAACUGAUUUUCCUCUAACUUCAAUCUACCGAUUUGCUGAGCUGUUUGCAACGCCAUUCCAAAAAUGUCAGAUUUAACACAUACACCUUUCUAAGUGCGAUAACACCUGAUUUUUAAACUUGAAAUAAAAUGAAAAAAGUAAUGAAAAAA